AUUAUCAAUGGGUCUCUUAAAGCGCUUAUCACGCUUAUCAUUUUUCGGGAGAUCUGACCCUAUCGCAAAACAUUACCUAGUAGUGGCUGGUGCCUAGGACAAACUAAAAAUCGCUACUACUAAAGCAAAUACUUUAAUUUAAAUUAUUUUAAAGUUUUAGAGUGAAGUUUGAAAAUACUAUAAGUUAACUAAUUAUAACUUCAUUACCGAUUCUCUAGGCUGUUGGAUAAAAUAUUUUUGUUGUAGCUGUGGUUGGAUCUUAUGAAUGAUAAGAAGAAUCAACUAGAUACCUGAGUGAAAAUGCAUCAUUUAUUAAAAUAUAUAUUUGUUUCAAGCCAAUGUUGCUGUAAAAUGUAUUUACCUCAAUGCAGAAUGUGUUUUCCAACUGUACUUUCAAAUAAUAAAUCAUUUUUAUCAGUACGAUUAUAUAAAAAUCACAGGAUUAUGACAAAUGUUUAUUUUGCUGAUGAUCGAUUUUCAAAGCGUCACAAUAAAUUGAAAAAUGCCAUUCGAGAUAAGCAGAUUAUUUUACAAAAAACUAAACAAAAAUUUCAAAACAAAAGUAAAUUCAUACUGGAUGACAUUAAGGAAACUAAAUCAAAGGUACGGGAUACUAUAAAGGAGAAUGUUUGGACAAUACCUAAUAUGCUAUGUAUGACCAGAAUAGUCCUAAGUCCUUGCUUAGGUUAUCUUAUUGUUAAUGGAAACUUUGAGUAUGCUCUCAGUUUUGUGGCCAUAGCAAGUGUAACCGACUUAAUUGAUGGAUGGAUUGCUAGAAAUUUUGAAGGUCAGAAAUCAAAAUUGGGUAGUUUUUUGGAUCCAAUGGCUGACAAAGUGCUUGUGGGUACUAUGUUUUUCACAUUAACUUAUAUAGAUUUAAUCCCAAUAUACCUUACUGGUAUAAUUAUAUUAAGGGAUCUGGUUUUAAUGGGUGCUGCUUUCCAAAUUCAUUAUAUGGCAAUACCUAAACCUAGGACUUUAAGUAAAUUAUUUGAUGUUACUAAUACCAAUGUUCAAUUAGCACCCAUGUUCAUAAGUAAGGUAAAUACCACAGUUCAAUUAGCAAUGGUUUGUGCUACUAUAGCAGCUCCAGUGUUUGAUUUUGUUGAUCAUCCUGCACUCAAAGCAUUGUGGUGGUUAACAACUGCUACUACAGUGUCAUCAGCAAUAAGUUAUAUAGUGCAUAGAAAAAAGACUUAUAAAAUAUUUAAUAAUCUAAAAAGAUAAUUUUUUUUUACCAAUCCUUGAUAUAUAUUAAAGUAUCUUUGACAAGAAAUGUUUUAAUUUUAAUAAUUUUAUGUUGUACAAAAUAAUAAUUUUAUGUAUUUAUCAUGUGUAAACAUUGAAUAUAAUUUAUAAAAUAUUGUAUGUACGAUAAAUUCCAAAAAUAUAUUUUUGUUCAAAUUAGUUAAUAAUUUAAGUGUAUUAAGUUCAAUACCAUCCUUAAAAGUUAUAAUUUAAAUUCUUCAACUGUUGAAUCAUUCAUAUUAUUUUAAUUUUAGUUUAAAAUAUUAUUUAUCUAAUAAAUCAAACUUACUAAGUUUAAAUAAUCAUUUUUGAUGUAAAUUUUCUAUGUUUUUUCUUAUACAUUUUAACUACCUGUAUUAUAUAUAUUUUGUCAUUUUAAUAUUAGAAUUGUAUUAUUAGUAUAAUUUUUAAGACUGAUUUAGUAAUAUUUUAAUGAAUGUUAUUCUUAUACAAGUUUAAUACCAUUAGAAUAACAUUCAUUUUUAUUUGAGAAAAAUAUUAGUUAUUCAAUUUGUAAAUUGUAUAGAAAUACAAAUGAAUUAAUAAUUAUAGUAUCAUGUAAUUUCAAAUUACAGCCUGUAUAAGUGACAUCAUGUAAAUAUAUUUGUUAUAGUAUUCGGUAGGCAUAUAAAAAUACAAUUUGUUUUAAAUCAAAAUAUAACAUAUUAAGUCAAUAAUUUGAAUUAUAACAAAUAUUAUAAUAAUUGCAAUCAGAUGUGCAUCAGAAUUAUUAAAUGAUUAAAACUGAUUACGAAUUACGAUUCAUGUUUAAAUUGAUACUUACAUACAUAGAUUCCACAAGAGAAAUAUUUAUCACCUGUCAUAAAUCAUAUUAAUGUUACACACAAGUAAAUAAUUAGUUAUCAUUGCCAAAUUAUUACUAUUUUUUUUUAUUAUUUAACUUAUACCUACUACAUCAAAAACAAUAAUCAAUGUGAAAAACAACCAAAAUAAUUAUUAAAAUUUAUGAAUUAAAUCAAAUGAAACAAGUUGGUGACAGUAGAAUUUAUAUUUUUCAAAAAUUCAUCUCAAAACAACUCAGAAAAACCAAAGCAUAAUUAUUAAAAUGUAUUAAUAUUAGUCUAAUUUGUAAGUUUUUUCAACUGUAAAUUUAUCAAAUUUUAAUUUUCAAUAUCACUUAGUAUAUUUAUUAAUAAAAUACUAGUAAAAGAUAAAUCAAUAUUCAUUUGUUUUUAAGGUUUUGUUAUUAAGAUUUAAAUAUUACAUAAAUUAUUCUAUAAAAUGUUCUUGUCAGGGAUAAAAUAUAAAUGUUUUUAUUUUUAUUUACUUCAAAUGAAAUAUUUUUGUAUACAUUAUUUUAUUAUUAUAUGAGUAUAUUGUUUCAAAA